ACCCCCCUUUUUCCCAUCAUCUAUCUCACUUUUCUUAAUUAGCAAAUAGAAAGUAGAAACCACCUUUAGCUACACCUACUUGGCCGCUUGAUCUCUCUCUCAGAAAACACAAUUAUACAAUUCGUACGUAGAUACAAAAUAACUACUUAUUAUAAACUAUGGAAUUUGAGAUCAUCAACGAAUCUCCAGCUGAUUCCACUUCACUAUCCUCCUCUUCAGUCUCACCAUGCACACCACCAAACCCUAAUCUGUUAUGUGAUUCUCCAAAUCCACAACCAAAUACUAAUACCAAUCCAUCUCACAAGAGAAAAGCAGGUAGAAAGAAGUUUAGGGAGACACGCCACCCAGUGUUUAGGGGUGUACGGCAAAGAAACGGGAACAAAUGGGUGUGUGAAAUAAGGGAACCAAUAAAAAAAUCAAGGGUUUGGGUAGGGACAUACCCUACUCCUGAAAUGGCAGCUAGGGCACAUGACGUGGCUGUCUUGGCACUUAGUGGCACCUCAGCGAAGUUCAAUUUCCCCGAUUCAGUUUCGCUUCUUCCACUUGCAAAGUCACACUCUGCUGUAGAUAUAAGAGAAGCAGCAAAAGCUGCUUCUAUUGAAGCUUUCAUACCAAACACAGCCUUUUCUUCCUCUCAUAACAAUUCUAAUUUUGGUGAAAAUGGGAAUGCUGAAGACACUUGUUUGAACAUUGGCAUGCACGACGAUGAGUCAGAAACAAUGUUCUUUGAUGAGGAGGCAGUGUACAAUAUGCCAGGUUUGUUGGAUAGUAUGGCAGAGGGUUUGCUUAUUACCCCUCCUUCUAUGAAGAGAGCAAUGGAUUGGGACGAUAUUGGUUGUGUAAUAGACCUUACUCUGUGGACAAAUUAAUAUUGCCCAUAUAAUUACUGCGUAUGUACUUUCUUUUUUCUCGUUUCCUUAUAGGUAUUUUCUUCCGAGACAAUCUUAUUUGAAACAUAAUUAAACACUAAAAAAUGUGAUCACCUCUCUCAAUUAGUAAUCAAAUAGAUCUCUGUUAGUCACAUUGUGAGAACUAUUCCCUUUUGCUAGGCCUAGCUAGCUAGUUUCUCCCAACCUUUUUUUACCAAUUUAUCAAAAAGACUUUUCUAUAUCCCGUGGUGGCUGGGUAUGAAUGUGCACCAUGAGAGGAAUGGGAAGAAAGAACAAGAAGGUUAUAAAUGUGACUGAGUAGUACUAGUAAGGUAAUGAAAACAAAAGAAAAAAAUAAGAGUAAAAUUAAUAUAUGAAAAAAUCAACAUUGAUUAAUUCCAUAUAUAGCUUAUUCCUCCGUAUAAUUUAUACCAAUUUAUUUUCUAUUUACCAGUAGUUUUACUUUCUUUUCCUAAGAGAUCAGUACUUGUAAUUAAAUCCACAUGCACUCAAUAAAUCUGUAGUAGUUAUCCUAGAAAACGACUUUAUUUAUUGUUAUUGCA